CCAGUCCCGGGCUGCGCUGCGGCGGCGGCGGGAGGGAGGAUGGCGACAGCAGGUUAUAAAGGGCUCGCCUGCCUCUCCCCGCCCCCUGCGCGGGCUGAGCCGGAGCAGGAGUCGCCCUCCUCCCCCCGCCGGCCUCAGACGGGGGCAUGGAGUUGGCAGGAGCCUAUAAAAGCCCCUGACGGCGAGCCGGGGCCACCGUCCUGCAGGAGCCGGCCGGGCCAGGAGAGCGAGACCAUGUCCCAUCACUGGGGUUACGCCAGCCACAACGGACCUGCUCAUUGGCAUGAGAAUUUCCCCAUUGCCAACGGAGAGCAUCAGUCCCCUAUUGAUAUUAACACCGAGUCCGCUGAGUACGACUCUUCUCUGAAGCCUUUGCAUUUCAGUUAUGACCCCUCCACAGCUAGAAACAUCGUCAACAAUGGGCACUCUUUCAAUGUGGAGUUUGACGACUCUGCUGACAAAUCAGUGCUGAGAGGCGGAGCACUUGAGGGAACCUACAGACUGAUUCAGUUUCACAUUCACUGGGGCUCCUGUGAAGGCCAAGGUUCUGAGCACACUGUGGAUGGAGUGCAAUAUGAUGCCGAGCUUCACUUGGUUCACUGGAACACAAAAUAUGGUAGAUUUGGUGAAGCUGUGAAGCAUCCUGAUGGCUUGAGUGUUGUAGGUGUUUUUCUGCAGGUGGGAAAUGACAGGCCUGGGAUACAGAAAAUUAUUGAUGCACUGGACUCCAUUCAAACCAAGGGCAAGCAAGCUUCCUUCACAAACUUUGAUCCCAAGAAUCUGCUUCCUACAUCCCUGGAUUACUGGACUUACCAAGGUUCGCUGACCACUCCCCCUCUACUUGAAUGCGUUAUCUGGCAUGUUCUGAGAGAACCCAUCAGUGUCAGUCCAGAACAGCUGUGCAAACUCCGUGGCCUUUGUUUCAGUGCUGAGAAUGAGACCCCGUACCAUAUGAUGGACAACUGGCGUCCAUGCCAGCCUCUGAAGGGCAGAGAAGUUAGAGCUUCAUUCCAAUAACCUAAGCACUGAGCUCAUAAGAAAUUGCUGUGUUUGUGAGGGAGGAGUCCCUUCUGCUAAGCACAAAUCAAACCUUUGCUAGCUGUGCACUGGCAACAUUUCUUCUCCUAGAUCUCUCACUUCUUCCA